UCAAAUCCGUCGGACACCGCACAAAGGGGCGGAGUGAGUUAUGGAGCUCAAAGAGGAGGUGAAGUUCAGAAGAUGCGUGCAAGCAGUCAUUGCAUUUACCGUGAGCGCCAGCGAAUGUGGGAAGUGGACAUGGGGCAAGUAUUUGCAUGAUGGGUAUGGCUACUGGUGGGUGAGUGCCACUGGCUUCUCCUACUUCAGCGAAGGGGGCAGUGAUCAGCGCGACGAAGCGAUUUUGUCGCUUAUCUUGACGCUGCUGGUGAUAGACGUCCUCGUCCAAUGGAUUUUUCACACCCUUGGGGCAAGAGUUGCAAAGUCACUCCAUGUUGCCUUGGCAGCACUCUUGGGUUGUCUCUCUACUGCAGAUUUGUCAUUGACAGUGGGCGCUGGGGGCGCUCGUGUAUCUUUGCCCCUGGUGCUCUUUGCGGUGACCGAGUGUGGAUAUGUACUUCGAAUGGUUUGGCCAUGGCUGCACUACGUAGCCAUGAGCUUGGCGGUAGUUAUGUCAUUGCUACUGCUGUCUUUGCCAUGUUUGCGACAAAUGGCGAGACUAAUAGCGGUUUCCUGGCGCUUGCCGUGGCUUUUGAAGCUUUCAGGGGCAAUUUACUGCGGUCGGUCAUUGUGGAUCCGUCGAAGUGAAUCAGAGGGUGUCGGUGCUGACCUGCUCAGCCAGCUUGGGAGUGAUGCAUUUGCGAUGAUUAUGGGCAAACUUUUUCCUGCAGAGAGUCGGGAGGUGCUGAGGUCCCACGCAACAGCCAAGAUGGAGGGGGCACGAGACUUCCCACCGCUGCUCAUCUUCCACUGGGAGGCUGGUGCCGACGUUCUCUUGGAUUUGGAUGGACCGGUGGCCACACCCUUCCUGCAUCAGAUGCUGUCACGGCCUGAUGUUUUCGCUGGGAGUGCCAUCGCAAGCGUUCCAGUGACUCUCAAGACUGCAUGGGAGGUGCUAUGUGGCGUGCCGGCCUCUUCGACAUCAGAUUUCCGCGAACAAGGUUCCCAUUUGAGGCACGAGUGUUUGCCCCGGGCCUUGCGACGGUGUUGCGGAUAUCGCUCACUCCUUGCAAAGACGGACAAGGAGUUGCCUGAUAUACCACGUAGGGUCUUUGGCUUUGAGGCCACUGUUGUGGCGGAGGAUAUGGACGGUCUUUUGCCAAAGAUCCAAGCGCAAUUGGACGCCUGGGACGCCUAUGGUGGCGCUCCUGUCUUUGUGUACUUCUAUGGUGGUGAUGCACAUCCACCGUAUUAUGCAAGCAAAGUUGACUCUUCGGAACGUGGCUACGUGGAGUCUGAGUUACUUGACAUUUUCCUGGCGCUGAAUCGUCGCACAGACCUUGCAGCCGAGCAGCUGGCGAAGAUUUGGCCACCCAAACCUCAGCCUGGAGCUGGUCCUUGGAGAAGGGAACAUGGCCUGGCGUUUUAUUUGGGCGAUCAUGGUGAACAGCUCACAGGCCAUGAUCCUCCGCCCCAUGGCAACCUGGUCUCUCCAGAUGUGAGCCGGACUUUGUUGGCUGUUGAGGCACGUGCCUUUGCACCAAACUUCCAGCCACAUCGUUUGGUGCGCAUGGCGGAUAUUUAUGCGACCAUCGCAUCUGCAGUGGGGCUGAAACUGAAUGGCUCGCUGUUUGUGGGCCGAAGUCUGCUUGGCAAUGGAUCAACCGACGCGCCACACAAUGAGCAUGCUGCGAUCUCCUCUUUUUCCUUCUACCGGCCAGGAGACCUUUCAGCCAUUCAUUUCUUGGCCGAUGGCCAUAUGUGUGCUGCAGAAUUUCAUCGUGGCUCUGAGGGCUGGUCACUGCAUCAGGUUGACGCUGUGCAAAACUCCUUUGGGGCUGGGCGCCUUGCGAUGACCGAAAAGGGUGUGGAGUCCUGCCGUGCAGUUGCCGUACAGCGUUUGCGGGCUGCGCUGAGACAUCGGUAUCAGAGCAAUUUGCUGCUCACAGAGUCCAAUGUGCAUGCAGCGUGGUUGAUUGCAACAAUGAGAGCAGCUGCUUUGAAGGCAAAAGUUCUCGCGGCCUGGGUGGCAAAGUCAGUGCUCUGGCCAAUCUUGCCGGCUCCAGCGGCUGACUCGGAGCCAGAUCCUAACUGCAGUGAACCGGUCAACCUGACCUGUGCUGAGCUCUAGCCUUUUGUUGGCUGAAGCAUGAACUAAUGCAUCUUGCCUCACCCAGAUGCGUGAAGCAUAUGGGACUGUUGGGUUGCAUGAUGCGAACCGCCGGGUCCUGCCAUGUUUGGGUCUUUUGACGGGCUGGUGCACCCAGCAAGGGUAAGGCCAUGGAUCACUUCACUCAUGAAAUGAAGGGUCAGAG